AUGGGAAUGAGAAGCUCAUUUGUGGGCGAGGAGGACAAUGAGAAUUUGCACAAAGGUGAAGAAAUCCGACCAUUUCUGCUGAAAGCCAUCAAAGGAUCGAGGAUAGCCAUCAUAUUUCUCUCCAAAAAAUACGCGUCGUCAACAUUCUGUCUGGAUGACCUUGCAGAGAUUGUUGAGUGCUUCAAAGAAGGAGGUCGGUUGGUAUAUCCGGUGUUUUAUCAUGUGGAUCCAUCUGUGGUGAGACAUCAGAAAGGGACUUAUGGAAAAGAUUUGGCUCGUUUGAAGGAAAGAUUGGGAGACAGUAUUGAUGACAAGUUGCAGAAAUGGAAGGAGGCUUUGUCUCAAGUAGCUGACUUGACUGGCUGGCAUCUCCAACCCCGUGGGGGCAAUAUUGCAUUAUUUUCCAAAGUGAAAGGAAAAUAUUGCACAAAAAAUGAAUCUAAAGACCUGGACGCUCUUGGAUCUAAAAUUUAG